UUUGUUCAGUGAGAUGCCUCAGUAUGGCUUCAGUCUUCAUCAACAUCUCCAUAAUGACAAGUUAUAGGCCUNUGGGCUUUGCUUUUGUCUGUAGGGACAUCCUGCUGGUCCAUGGGAAUGGAUGCAGAACUAGCUNUCUUGUCAGGGAGGAGGGUAAGAGUUCUUUAAGUGGUGAAGGGCUUUGACCUCUCCUCCCACAGGCUNUGCAGUAUGAGCCUCCAAGGCUCCUACCUCCGCUUCUGCCUCUGGAUGUUCUUGGGUACCACGUUGGCACUGGGGCAGGGACAAGUAAGUAGCCGUCUGAGGCUGGCAGUACUGCCUGAGGACCAGCUGCAGAUGAAGUGGAGGGAAGCAGAGGGAAGUGGCCUUGGCUUCUUGGUGCAGGUGACACCUAUGGCAGGGGACUUGGAGCAGGAGCUGAUACUGACCACCAAGACCCCCAAGGCCACUGUGGGUGGCCUGAACCCUUCCAAGAGCUACACCUUGCAGAUCUUCGAGCUCACUGACUCGGGGCCUGUCCUGCUGGCACGAAGGGAGUUUGUGAUUGAAGAUCUGAAGAGCCAAUCUUUGGGCAGAGGCAGCCGGAGGCUGGCUGGAGCCACCCUGGAGCCUACCUCCUUCCCUCUGAGGGGCCCAGACUCUGAGAAAAAAUCUGAGCCCAGCAUUGGCUUUACCUUAAGCAGGGACCUGCCCAUUCUUGAUCACCCCCAGUUCCAAUGCACACCCCCAACACCUGCUGAUAUAAUCUUCCUGGUGGACGGGUCCUGGAGCAUCGGCCACAACCACUUCCAGCAGGUGAAAGACUUCCUGGCCAGCAUCAUCACACAAUUUGCAAUAGGACCAGAUAAAGUCCUAGUAGGUCUGACACAGUACAGUGGAGACCCCCAGACCGAGUGGGACCUCAACUCCUUCCAAACCAAGGAGCAAGUGCUAGCAGCCGUACACCACCUCCACUACAAGGGAGGAAACACAUUCACAGGCCUCGCCCUAACCCAUGUGCUGGAGCAGAACCUGAAGCCAGCAGCCGGUGUCCGUCCAGAGGCAGCCAAAGUGUUGAUUCUGGUGACAGAUGGCAAGUCGCAGGAUGAUGUGCGCACAGCUGCCAGGAUCCUUAAGGAUCAGGACAUUGAUGUCUUUGUUGUGGGUGUGAAGAAUGUCGAUGAGGCUGAGCUGAAGCUCCUGGCGUCCCAGCCACUGGACAUCACUGUCCACAACGUGCUGGACUUCCCUCAGCUGGCCACCCUAGCUCCUCUGCUCAGCCGACUCAUUUGCCAAAAAAUUCAGGGCAGAGGCCCAGUCAAACCAGCAGCAGGUACUCGGGUCCUGGACCCCCUCCCCACGCCCACCAGACUGACCCUGACCCACGCCACCUCAUCCAGUAUCCACCUGUCUUGGACUCCAGCCUUAUACCCACCCCUCAAGUAUCUAAUUGUAUGGCAGCCUUCUAGGGGUGGUGCCCCCAAGGAGGUGGUGGUGGAGGGGCCUGUCUCAUCCAUGGAGCUUGGAAACCUGACCUCCAACACAGAAUACUUGGUCUCUGUGCUUCCUGUCUAUGAGAGUGGGGUUGGCAAGAGCCUGCAAGGCCGGGCAACCACAGCACCCCUGCCUCCACCUGGGCCACUGACCCUAGCUGCAGUGACACCCAGAACUCUCCGCGUCACCUGGCCGCCCUCUGNUGGGGUCACUCAAUACUUGGUGCAGUACUUGCUGGCUACCUCCACUGGGGAGGAGCAAAAGAGAGAGGUACAUGUGGGACAGCCUGAGGUACUGCUGGAUGGUCUGGAGCCUGGCCAGGACUAUGCUGUCUCAGUGCAGAGCCUUCGGGGACCAGAGGCCAGCGAGGCCCAGAGCAUCCGUGCCAGGACCUCUGCCCUGGGGCCUCCAAGACACCUGACUUUCUCAGAUGUUCGCUACAACUCAACCUGUGUGUCCUGGGAAGCCCAGAGGCCCAUGCGCCUGGUCAAGGUCAGCUACGUCUCUAGCGAUGGCAGCCACUCUGGGCAGACUCAGGUUCCUGGGAACAUUACUUCAGCUACUCUGGGCCCACUUUCUUCCUCUACCAUGUACACCAUCAGAGUCACCUGUUUUUACCUUGGGGGUGGUUCCUCCGUGCUGACUGGCCAUGUAACCACACAGAAAGCUCCUAGCCCUGGCCAGCUGUCUGUGAUGGAGCUCCCGGGAGAUGCAGUAAAGCUGUCAUGGCUGGCCACUGCCUUGUCUGGUGUACUUGUUUAUCAGAUCAAGUGGAUGCCCUUGGGAGAAGGGAAGGCCCAUGAGAUCUCUGUCCCAGGGACCCUUGGCACAGCCAUCUUGCCUGGCCUGAUGAAACAUGUGGAAUAUGAGAUCACCAUCCUUGCCUACUACAGGGAUGGCACUCGCAGCGACCCCGUGUCCCUCCGCUACACCCCCUCUGCAGCAAGCAGAAGCCCCCCAUCCAGCCUGGCCUUGUCCUCGAAGACCCCCAACAGCCUGCAGGUCAACUGGACACCACCAAGUGGCCAUGUCCUCCAUUACCGGCUCAACUACACACUGGCCUCAGGCUCUGGACCAGAGAAAUCAAUCUCUGUACCAGGCACCAGGAGCCAUGUUGUGCUUCGUGAUCUGAUGUCUGCCACCAAGUACAGGGUCCUGGUCUCAGCUGUCUACGGAGCAGGGGAGAGCAUGGCAGUGUCUGCCACAUACCGCACAGCAGCCUGCCCAGCCCUGCACCCGGACAGUUCACUCUCAGGCAUGGCCAUUGACACAUGUACCUUGUGCUUGACCUUGUCAUCCAGCUUUCAUGUGUCCGUGGCCCUCAUGUCAGGCUUGGCUGACAUCUACCCAUCAACCCUGCCACCAGAACACACCAUUGUCUUCCUUGUGCGUCUACUCCCUGAGACACCCCGGGAAGCCUUUGCACUGUGGCAGAUGAUGGCUGAAGACUUCCAGCCCGUCCUCGGGGUUCUGCUGGAUGCUGGCAGAAAGUCUCUGACUUACUUCAACCAUGAUUCCCGGGCAGCCUUGCAGGAGGUCACCUUUGACCUUCAGGAUGCAAAGAAGAUCUUCUUUGGAAGCUUCCACAAGGUACAUAUAGCUGUAGGCCACUCUAAGGUCAGACUCUAUGUGGACUGUCGGAAGGUGGCNGAGCGGCCCAUUGGGGAUGCUGGCAGCCCACCCACAGGUGGUUUCAUCACACUAGGGAGGCUAGCCAAGGCCAGAGGGCCACGGAGCAGCUCAGCCACAUUCCAGAUCCAGAUGUUGCAAAUCGUGUGCAGUGAUACCUGGGCAGACAAGGACAGGUGUUGUGAGAUUCCUGCACUGAGGGAUGGAGAGACGUGCCCGGCCUUCCCUUCAGCCUGUGCCUACUCAUCUGAGACCCCUGGGCCACCAGGGCCCCAAGGCCCUCCUGGCCUCCCUGGAAGGAACGGCCCUCCAGGACAGCAGGGGCACCCAGGGCCCAAGGGGGAGCCGGGUCCACCUGGACAAACAGGACCCGAAGGCCCUGGAGGUCAGCAGGGGUCACCAGGGACCCAGGGCCGCGCAGUCCAGGGACCCAUGGGGCCACCAGGAGCCAAAGGAGAGAAGGGGGAUCAGGGACUUUCAGGCUUGCAGGGCCUCUCUGGCCAGCAAGGCAUCCCUGGGAAAACUGGCCUACAGGGACCAAAGGGCAUGAGAGGACUGGAGGGACCUGCUGGCCUGCCAGGACCACCUGGCCCCAGGGGGUUCCAGGGCUUGGCAGGGGCCAGGGGCACCAAUGGGGAGCGAGGAGCCCCGGGAGCUGUGGGUCCCACAGGUCUACCAGGGUCCAAAGGUGAACGAGGAGAGAAGGGAGAGCCACAGUCCCUUGCCACCAUCUUCCAGNUGGUGAGCCAGGCCUGCGAGUCAGCCAUACGGACACAUGUGCUGAAGCUGAAUUCCUUCCUCCAUGAGAAUGCCCGUCCCCCAAUGCCCUUCAUGGCAGAGACAGCUAAGCUAGGCAGACCCAGAUCUAUAGAUCCUGGAUUACACAACGAGGCUCUACUUCCUGGAGACUGGGGACAUAUCCUCCGCCCUGAGGACCAAGGUGAGCCUGUGACUAUCAGCCACACAAGCAACCCUAGACUGCAGGAGGUGCAGACCCCAGAAUCCCUGGAGUGAGCAGGACCUUCCCUCUGCCACUUCAAAUUGCCCUGGCCUUCCCCAGCACCAUCAUCCAUAAUUUUGUCUCAGCACUAAGAACAACUGUGUGCUGGAGGGGCAGAGAAGGAAACCCAGAGGAAGACCCUGAGGUGGCAGGAGCUGGAAAGGGAGGAGGGCGGCGCUCCUCCUUCAAGCCCCUUCUUUGUAGCACUUCUAGGUUCAGAUAAACUUCUGCUUGCUUGUCAGCCUAUNUGAGGUGUCUGAUCACUGCUGGGAGCUGUCUCCACCACUCACGCCACCUUCUCA